GCGGGCCGGAGCGCAGUCCCCGCCUGGGAGUUUAAAGCGCCAUUUUGUGCCGGGCGGCGGAUAUCGAUCGUCGCUCCCUGUCGGGCGAGCGGCGGGGCGCUCGGCGCCCGUCCUCUGCCCUUCUCCGCGCCUCUUUCCCCCGUCCCUCCGCUCCCAUGACCCGCAGCAGGAAGCAGGCGGCGCUGGAGAGAGGAGCCGGCAAGAUGAACCCAGAAGCGGGGAGCGCCGCGGAGGGGGCCCGGGCGGCGGCGGCGGCGGCGGGGGCAGCCGGGAACGGAACGGCGCCCGGCGCCUGGGGGCUGGAGGGGGAUUCGGAGAAAGUUGUAUACUCGCGUUCGCAGGUCUCCUACGCCGGCACCAAGGCGCUGGGCGACGCCCUCAAGCUCUUCAUGCCCAAGUCCACCGAGUUCAUGAGCUCCGACUCGGAGCUGUGGAACUUCCUUUGCAGCCUCAAGCACGAGUUCUCCCCGGUCAUCCUCCGCAGCAAGGACGUCUACGGCUACGCCUCCUGCCGCGCCGUCGUCCCCGACCCGCCGCCGCCCUCGGCCGAGCGGCCCCGCCACCGGCCCGGCAAACGACGCCUCCCGCCCGCCAAGCGCCGGGCCGCGGUCACGGGCGGCUCCGCCAAACGGCCCCGGCGGCGGCGGCGGCGCCGCAGGAGGGCGCAGGGCUGGCGGCACCGAGCGGCACCGGCGGCCGAUGGCACCCACGGCGAGGAGCGGCUGGAGGCGGCGGCGGGGCCGCCGGGCGAGGACGAGGCUGAGGCCGAGGACAGCGAGCGGGGCGGCCCGGCCGAGCAGGCGGCCUGGAGGCAGCCGUUCGGCGGCAAGUCGCUGGAGGAGAUCUGGAAGGCGGCCACCCCUCGCCUCACCACCUUCCCCACCAUCCGGGUGCGCGGCGGCGUCUGCAACUGGCGCAGCCUGGAGGCGGCGCGGCGCCGGGCGCAGCGGAUCCUCGGCGUGGACCUGUCGCCCGUGGUGCGGGUGCGCCGCCUGCCCGUGGCGCCGUCCUGAGGCGGCGGGAGGGGAGGGAAGGCCGGCGCGGACAAAGAGACCAAUAUCAGUCACCUGUUUACAUUGCUUUUGUCUGGAUCAUGUUCUUCUGCUGCACUUUACGGCUCGCCAGAAUCGGGGCCGGGGCGCCGGGCCCCGGGCGGGCGAGGGGCCGGCUGCGGGUACCGCGCGUGGGGACCAAGUUCCGCUUCCACUUCUCCCAUCGGGCUACCUCACUGGUCCAGAAGUCCACCCAAGAAGUUGUUUUCCAAAGGAACUUAACUUUCAUGCUUGUAUAAUAAAGCACCAUCCGAUUCUCGUUUCCCCCCCCCCCCCCCUCUCCCCCGCCCUUUUCUGAUGGAUUAUGUAUGCUUUGUGGUGUUGCACUAGUAUGUGCUCAGGGUAUUUUGAAUCCCAAGCAUUCCCAAGUUUCAGUUCACUCUGACCGAGGAUGCGUUAAGAAUGGAGGUUCAGGACUUGUGGCUGUUCUUGAUGGUGCAAAAACUUUUUUUUUUUUUUUUUUUUUAAUUUUCAUGGGCUUAGUGAUAUAUACAGAUGUAUUGCUCAGUAUAAUUGUUACACUUUUGUAUCUAAAGUCAUUUUUAAGGUUUUCUAGUUGAACUAAGUAUUUGUUUCUAUUGAGCACCUAAAGAUAGAAUCAUGCUGAUAUUUUAUAAACAUGUUUACUUUAGGGAAGCUCAUUUGGUCAACCUAAGUGAACUUAAUAAAAGUUAAAGAAAAGUGAUGUUUCAGUUCAAUGAAACUGGACUGCACAGAGAUGGGUUCCUUGCUGGAGUCUGCCGUGUUUGUGCUUAACGGAGGCUCUGUGGUAUCCCCAGUAAACAAGCUUAGAGCUGGUGAAGAGUGUAACUAUUCAAAUGGAAGCAUAGGUGUCUGAAGGUGAACUGUGGUACAUGUAGUGUUGGUGUUAAUGGCAAAAAAAGAAAGAAAAAAAAAAAAGACUCAGUACCUGGUUACUUCUUAACAAAAUAGCACUGGUGUCAACCCUGGGGCUGUUAGAUGACUGAUGGUAGAUAACCAUAUCGUUGUAAUUACUUGCACAUAAUUAUUUUUAUAAAUCUCUCCUGGGCUUCAUAGUGGACUGUGGUGUAAAACUCUAAUGUGGUUUAACCAGUUGAACAGAAAAAUUCCAUCUUGCUAUUCUGUGUGGUGGGCAGUCCCUCUUUAAUCUUGGUUGUUUUUUGUUUCUGUUUUUUUUUUGUUGUUGUUGUUGUCGUUUGUUUGUUUGUUUUUUUGAAGGGCUUUUCCUGGUUCUUGCUCAUUGCUGUUGGUGUGUAAGAAGCAAAGGUGUAGAUUUUCUUCUGCUUGAUGUUUUUUUGAGUUCAGGAGAAGUGUUUGGUGAGAGACAGUUUAUGUUCUUUGUAUCCUAGCGAGCAAGGAACUUCUCAGUUUCCAUAGUGGAAUGAAUGACUUCACAAUUUGUUUAUGGGAUGGUUUAGCAACUUAAAAUUUCUUUCCUGAUUGCUGUUGACUCCUUGUUGCCUGCUGUUGGUGGGGGUAGUAAGACAGCUAGACGCGUAGAGGUAGUUUGUAAAAACUUUUAAGUACUAACCUGAAGCAACCAAAUUCUUCUAAAACUUAUUUAUAUUGUGUAGUUUUUACUUAGCAAAGCUGUGAAGAUCUUAUUCUUCCAAAGUAACCAUCUGUUCUAUAACCAUUAAGUUUUGAAAUCGUUUAUAUAACAUUAGACUGCCUGCUGAUGGCUGCAGUAGUGCCACGUCAGAUUUCAGAAGGGAACUAGGAAAUGGAAGUUCAAGGGUGCAUAUUGUUAUGCUGUUUCUCUGGCUAUAAUGCUUGCUUAAAUUUAGAGGCAAAGUUGUGUUGAUUUAAAACUCAGUAUGACAAACUGCCUUGUGACCAAAUGCCAAGUAUUUCAGUUUUGACAUUCACUUCAGAAGUGCUAGCUAAGAAGAUUGUUACUGAUACUUGAAGUGUCUAGGUGACUUCAAUGAAGUUAUGUUCCUACUGCUAUAUUGAAUUAUUUUGUUCAGUGUUCUUUUGAGAAAUCUGGGUAGAGAUAAUGAAAUUUAAGCAGCUGUCUUGUGCAGAUUUUUCGCAUAAUUUGUAAACAGUUGUAGGACAGACUAGAUUAGAUGUCUGGGGAAGAGUGAAGGCUGCCAGAGGUAGGAUAUGGGAGAUACUGUACUUUGUGCUGCCUUGUUUUGAUGCUUAUUCUGAAAUGUUGUUUGUGGGUAUGAAAUACUGUGAAAUAACAUCACUUCUGUCGAGUGAGUCUUGUGUAAGCUGCGUGCCUACACAAGGUGUGCUUCUUUUUCUCUUGGUUCUGCUUUGAAUUCUUGGUUCUGAGGCAGCAGCUCUUUGGGGGGUAUGCUGUGUUUUGCAGAAACUCUCUGAGAAAGUUGGAUCAAAGAUCUGAUAGCUGCAUUCACAAAUUCUUAACUGAGUUAUUUCUGUCUGCGAAGUCAGUUAAGGGGAGAAAUCUAUAGUUAAGUUUUCUGGUAAAUUAAUGUACUAAGAUAGCAGAGGAUCAGUGAAAGGAGGGACUGUGAAAGCUAGCAGCUUACAGGAGAGCUAACAGCUGAAUUUCAUGGUCAUGUUUACAACAGUUUUGGCAAUCAAGGGUAGGAUUACCUGUGGUGUAGCUCUUCUCUUCUUUUCCCCUCUCAAAACUGCAGUUCCUACCUACUGCUUUGUCUUGGUGCUCAUCUGAGGAAGCUAAUCUGAAGUCUGUUCUGUUUUAGGUUUGUGCAGACUGAUAAUUGUUGGCUCUUUUUGGACCUCUUAGCUGCAGGCAAGAACUGAGGAAGUCAGACAAGAGUGUGCAAGACUUCUGCAAUAUUGAAUUAGACAAUUUUAAAAUAUAGAAGCAUUGGGUUUUACUCUACCUGAUGAACUAAUGACAUUAUUGUACUUUACAGAUGCUGUUGGAGAAAGUAUAAUAGAUUAGGUGGAUUUCUGGUCUGACUCAACGUGGCUGUUUUCAUACAAAUCCAUUAUUAUUUGAGAAGUGUGGUUUGCCUGAUUUAAUUCCGUGGCUUUCAGUAUCCUCUCAUAGAUUCAUAGAAUGUCCUGGGUUGAAACAGACCACAGUGACCAUCCAGUUUCAACCCCCUGCUAUGUGCAGGGUCACCAACCACCAGACCAGGCUGCCCAGAGCCACAUCCAGCCUGGCCUUGAAGGCCUCCAGGGAUGGGGCAUCCACAACCUCUUUGGGCAGCCUGUUCCAGUGUAUCACCACUCUCUGUGUGAAAAACUUUGUCCUAACAUCUAACCUAAACCUCCCCGUCUCAGUUUAAAACCAUUCCCCCUUGUUCUAUCACUAUCCAACCUCACAAAUGGCCAUUCUCCCUCCUGUUUAUGUGCCUCCUUCAAGUAUCAGAAAGCUACAAUGAGAUCUCCCUGGAGCCUUCUCCAAGCUAAAUAAGUUCCAUUCCCUCAACCUUUCUUCAUAGGCAAUGUGUUCCUGCCUUCUGAUCGUCUUAGUGGCCCUCCUCUGGAUCUGUUCCAAGAGCUCUGCAUCUUUCUUGUGCUGGGAAGCAUGAAAUGCAUGCCCAGAAUAAAUUCAGCUUACAAUGCCUAGUCUAGUUGAGUCAGCAUGGCUGAGUUCAUAUUAAACAGGAGUCCUGUGGUAGCCUCUAUUUGCAGACUUUUGCAGUAGCCAGUUCCUUCCCAUAUGAGCUCCCUUCAUAUAAUGUCUUUGUGUACUCAAAGUUGUACUCCUUCCUUUACCAAAAUGUGAGUUUUUAUCCAGUCACUCCAAGGCUAUUGAAUUUCAGAUUGCCACAAUGCCGAAAUGAGUUUUGUUACAGCCCCAGAUGUCAAGGAGGGAGUUGAGAUGUCCAUUGUGUCUCAAUAUUGCUGAGAGUAUACUCUGAAUCCAAGAGGCAGUGAGUGCCUUCCUCUGUCAUCAUGCAAGUACAUUUUUCAGGACUGAGGUGUGUGAAAGGAGAAAGCAGUGCCUUACAGACAUUUUUCUCUGAUGUUGCAUAGAAGUUGUCACGUUUGAAGGAUCACAGUGUAUCGCUGUCCUUGAAGCCGUCAAUUGCCAACCUGUAAACAACAAACUCUAUGUACCCAUGCCUCAUGCAGAGCAUCACUGUGUAUACUUGCCAAUGGCAAGGCUUAUGGUACUUGGAUUUUGCUCUGAAUGUGUAGGGGAUAUUGUGUGUGUCUGUAUUUUCCUUUAUUCUUGCCUAUCAGAUGCAAGGAGCAAAGUAGUUUGUAGAUGACAGAUUUCAGUUAACAAGGCAGAGUCCUGGACUCCUUGUGCUACCGAGAAGAGUUAAUUUAUGCUAAUUUAAAGUUGAUCAGUAGUGUAGUCUGAGUUCAAAGUUUGCAUGUACAGGAAACCAGCACUGAAAACAUCUAUUUCUUUUUAGCCUGGUAGACUGGCACAUCAAGAAAAAUUUCUUAAUUGUAUGCAUAAAUGAAACCUGUUGACUAUAACUUGAACAAAAUGCUUUGACUUCAGAUGCUCAGUUUAUGAUGACAUUUACAAAUACGGGAAAUCUGGAAUCAAAUUACUGUAUUUACAGUAGAUUUUAGACAUUACCCAUGAAACAAGGCAAUCAAUAUUAAGUAACUUAGCAGGUAAGGAAUCCUGGAACUCAUGAGACCCAAAUUCUGAUACUCUCUUUGUCUCAUUUGGAGGAGGAUCUCUGAAGUGCCAAGUCGUGAAGACUGAGUUAUAGCAGCUUAGACCGUUUCACUCUGUAUAAUAAAAAAUCACUAAACUUGAAGAAAUUCCUGGAUAUUAGUGAGUUUGUUUGUUUGGAUGGUUCUUGUUGUUCCUUACACCUUGGUUCUUCAUCUGGUACUUAUUUUAGGUGAAUGUUACUGCCCUAACAGUAAAGACUGAGACAGCUGCAUUCCAUAGUGUUCUGUGGUAGGACAUCUGCUUAGGCAGUGACUCCAAAUGUGUACUGCUCAUGAUGCUUUAUUCCCAAGCUUUCAAGAGUCAUCCAAUGGGUAUGAUGGUAAUGGGACAGUGCAGGACAAUGUUGAAAUAUUUCUCAUCCCUGAUCAAAGUAAAGCCAUUUUUCCACAUGUAAAAAUAAAGUGUAUUUCCUCAAA